UGAUUUCAGUGUUGUCACCACAAGACUGCAGGGUGCAGCUGGCCAUGUAACGUGGUGCCAGAGGUGGGGAAAGGUAUAAAGGUGCCAGCACAGACUGCCACAGGAUCUCUAAAUGCGUGAGAAGUGUCCCGUUUCCUCUUUGCUGUCCCCAGCAAAGCAUCACCUUGACUAUGAAGGCAACUGGUGUUUUCCUGCUCUUCUCCCUGGCGCUCUGCUGCUACCAAGGAAGCGCUGAGAUGGAUGGAGCUGCUGGCAAAGGAACAGAGGCAGCUUGUGGCGAUUAUUCCCUAAGAAAAGGUUGUGCAAAGAUCUUCGACCCCGUCUGUGGCACAGACAACCUCCUAUACGACAACGAGUGUAUGCUGUGCUUUCAGAACCUGCAAAGAAACACCAAUGUGGGCAUAAAGAACAGGGGAAUGUGCCAGAAGCCCUCUGCCUGGUCCAACUCCACUCAAAACUAGAAAGUACAACUGUUACGGAGAAGAUAGCAGGAAGCUGUCCCUCACCUGUACUCCUAAUAAAACAGGAGCAUUGCCA